GUUCAUCAUGGCGGCCAGUACAAACUGAGAGACAUGUCAGCACAAGUUUCCUGUUGUAUUUGACGGGAGCUUCGGGAUAUAUUCGGUGUCAAGUUUUCAUCCCACUGUUGUGAUAAGACGAUUGAAGGUGCCCCCUGCUGCAGUGCUGGAGAUGUAUGGACACAGUCAAGCGUUGGAGGCAGCCUUACUUCAACACCUCCCCGUCUGUUGAUUAGUCAUGCCUGGUUGCCUGAUGGUAUCAAAUAUUCACAGGAUGAGAGAUUAGUGAACCAGAAGUUGUGACCCCUGGCAGGUGGCUGGCAGUGAUAUCAGUGGCUGGUGGUGAUAUCGGUGGCUGGUGGUGAUAUCGGUGCUGGCGAUGGUAUUGGUGGCUAGACAUGUAUUGAUUCCAAGAAGCGGGAAUCGAAGCUAGUCAAUGAUUUAUGUGAUUCUGUGAAGGAGCACCUUGUUGAGGGUGUUGAUCAUGGAGUGUGGGACUUGUGUACUGUCAUACGGUAACUUGCUCUACAUUUGACUGAAUGGAUGAAAUGUCUUGAAACUUGGCGCUAUAAUGCAGUACACAUAUGAAAAGGAAAAGUUGUGGAAGUCUGUCCCGGCCAAGAAGAAAUUGGGAAGCAGGCGGGCCAAUGCUGCAUUCAGGGAGGUGGAAGAUGUGAAACGAAGGUUGGAUUUUCAUAAUGACGAUGAAGCAUUGAGGUCUGAAUUCGUCUCGAAGAUCACUGACCUGAGAGGUCUGAUUAGUCCCAGAAAAUCAGCACGCUUUAAUUCAAAGCCUAAUUCUGGCCAGAGUAACAGAGCAAGAGCUGCUGAGGUUGUUUGCUGGUCUGCCUCAGUGAACGAGUUUGAUGACUUACGGCAUAAUGACUACUAUUCUGGGAGUAAUGAGGACCUGGAGUCUAGAAAGGAUUCUGGGCAAACACGAAGAGAGCGGAACUACUGUGUUGUGAACUACAGUAGUGAUCCGGCAGAUUUCGGUGUCGUCAGGAUUGAUGAUGGUGAUGAUGAUGAUGAUGAUGAAGAAGAAGAUGGGAAGGGAGUGGUGGAAGAAACGUUCCAGAGACACUCACAAUCAAGACACAGAAAUAAGGACAGUGAGGCAGAUUCUAUGCAUGUCCGCCAUCAGGAAAAACUGAAUCUCAACAAUGAAUUCCAGAAUGACUAUCUUUUCAAAAGACCUAAAUCAAUUUUGGUGUCUCAGAAAAUCUCAGAAAGAGACUUUGUUGAUGAGGCUGAUAAAAAAGUUCUGUUACACAGACUCGAGACUCGAGUCCGAGAGAAGCGUUUAAAGAAGCAGAUCGCUGACAUCAAGAACACAUUGCAAGACCGAGUUUUGGACGACAGCUCAGUGUCCGCUGAUUCCUACUCGUCACACGUGUCUGUUGAUCAGGCUGUUAGAACUCUUGAAAUACUCUCCGAUGCCUUGAGGAAGUCUGACAGUUCACUGGGUAGGAAGUCAACAAGUCGUUAUGGUAACAGAACAGGCAUUUUAGGAGUUGGUGGUGGAGUGCGCAAGGAUUACGGACAAGAAUUUAACUCUGACCUCAGCCCUGAAGAUACUGAAGAACUUCAGGAACAGAGAAGUGCUGGGAAGUCUUCAGGGAGUAAGAAACUGUCCAGUUCAUUGCUGAGCAGCUCCUCAGUUCGGCCAGUGCAGACAAACGUGGAGUUGCAGAAGGAUGUGUCAGGAAGUGAUGGACUCAUGUUAAGUCAGGUGUCAAAUGGUCACGACAUACAGGACAGAGUCAGCGACGUUCCUCAGGACAGACGGUCACUUAGGAGUCCUAAGUAUUCUGACAGAGUAGUGGUGAGAAAAGACGUAGAUGGGAUCAGUUCUCGUUCCUCUAUUAAACAGUCUAGAAAGACAUUUGAUUCUACAAGCAGUAUUUAUGACUUGCAUCACCAUGAUGUGGAAGACUACCUCUCCAAGUCUGAAAGUCAGAGGUGUAGAAAUGGCCAUCAAUUUAAACAUGACAGACGAACAUCACUUGAUAAUGGUAAACAGCAGACAUCAAAGGAAUACAAUGAUAACGCUAUUGUUGGUGGUUCAGAGUUUUGUGAAAACUCACAGAAAGAUGGAGUUGGAGAUUCAUAUGAUGAUUCUGGUCCUGAAAUUGGACCUCUUCAUCUGGAAAUGUCUCCUGACUCUGAUGAAGGCCCUUUGACUCUGACUGAACUGGACUCUGAUGCCAACUCUGAUUGGAUUCUGGAGAGCGGGACAGAUUCCGGUCACAGAUCUCGCCCACGUUCGUCUCAUGGCCAGCGUAUUUCAGGAAGAGUAACGUCUACAAUUGAAGGAGCAAGGAGGCAUCAACCAGUGCCAAAUCAUCAUUCUGAAAGACACCUUUCUCGGGAACGUAGUCAGACAGGCCCUAUAGCCAGGGAACAGAAAGGAGGGUCUUCUAAGGUACAUUCAGAUAAACAUAGGGAACAUCAUGCAAGAAACAGACAUGAGGAACACACAGUUUCCAGGACAGGUAAUAGAAUGGUUUCGCUUUCAAAGAGGGAUAAAACAGAUUGUAAUCCGAGGAAAGGUGACAGAAAGAUGAUGAAAGACCCUUGUGUGGGUGAUGCGGAGACUCUGACGUUAGCUGAUGUGCAGCAGUUUCACAGAGAGGUGGAUAAGAGACUCCAGGGAUGUGAAGAUAAUGUAGGUGUUGAUGGUGGUGGUGGUGGAGGGAAAGACCGAAAGGGAAGUAAGUCUUCACAAGGAAAGGGAGCUCAAAGGAUUGUGCAUGGGGAGAAGAAAACACUUAUUCAGAAUAAAAAUUACAAGAUGUUACCACCAAAACUACACAGGACGUCCUCAAGACCGAAUUCACCAUCCAAGCAGAAGGGGGUGUUGAUUCCUGGGAGAAUCAGCAGCCAUGCUUCAUCUCGAGUCCAGCUUCGGGACCGACCAGGCAACGGGCAGACCAACAUGAAGGGUUCUUCUCAUGGGCAAGGUGUGUCAGAUCAAGCAAGGAAAAAUGGAGUUACUUCUUCAAUGCCCAACGCAAUCCAAGUGUCAGCUGAUAUCACAAUCCCUGACCUCCUCGGUGUGCGUAUCACCAAAACCAUCGCUCGACAGAAGGAAGGUCAUCGGAAACUGGAUGAAAGGGAUUUUCCAGAGAAACGUAGACUAAACUUGUCCUUUGAAGAUUCACUUGAUGGAGGACACAAUGUCCAGUGUGAAAUUCAAGGUUAUGAGCUUGACUUGAGAAAGGCGAUCAAAGAUCAAGGGUCACCAAGGACAGGUAACUCCAGAGACAGGUCAAAUAAUAGAUAUAAUCAAAAUUCAGGACAUGUUGGGAAUGGGAUUGUUGGGAAUGAGUCUGCCAAUGAAGGGAAGGGAUUCAUGGAACCAAAUGUGGAUGACAGGCCUUCCUCACCAGGUCUUGGUUAUUCUGGACAGAUCAAGAGGAGCGGCAUUCAUGGCAAGGGGGAAGGUAAUACAAGAAAAGGCUUUGCAAUGCUAAACAACGAGUCAGUGAAAGAAUCUUUUUUGUCCAACUGUGUGAACAAACUCGGAAGGAUGAAUGGAAACAGGAUUGAUGAUUUUGAGCCGUCCGGGAAGAAGAAGGAUCUGAGAGAUGACCUCGGACCUGCAUCAGUGUUUGAGCCUCCAGAGAGAGAUACAUCAACACCCAUAAAAAAACGAGAGCCGUACCAGGGAAACCCACUUCUCCCCAACAGUCAGACCAACUGCCUACAGUCGUGUGGAAGUGCUGCCGACACCAUCAUGGCGCACAUCCACAACCCCGACAUGCUGCGUCUGCUGACCAACCUGUACCAGGCAGACGACACCAGCAGGAAGCAGCUCAUUGUUCUGACCCAGCACUUCAAGACUUGGCAAAUGAAUGCCCUGCGACAGAAGCAGCACCGCCAGAACCGAGACAUCUUCAUGAACAGGGCCCAGAAGUUCCUGGUGAACCACCUCCUGGUGCGAUACUUCUACACCUGGCAUGCCCUGGCUCAGGACCAUCGACAGAACAGGGUGGCCACUGAUCUCUUCAGACACCACAUGCUGAAGAAGGGUCUGGACGCCUUCCGCUGGGCCAUCAGUCGAUCUAUGCACAGACAGGACAUGCUGAUCCACAGAGUCAACACCAUCCAGGUGGCAGCAGCAUUCAACAAGUGGCGUGACAGGGCGGACACCAGGCGACAGACCAGACUGGAGAUGUCAUUUCAGACCUGGCGAGACUUCUCCCUGGAGGCACAGAGAGCUCGGAUGCUGCGGAGGAGCCUGGACCAGAAGCUGAUGUCGGCGAUGUUGAAGAAGUGGGUGGAGAGGCAUGCGCUGAGGGUGAAGCAGCACAAGGCCGACUACUACCGCAGGUGCACAAUGUUGUCGCACAUGUGGUUGUCGUGGCAACACUUCACAGCACUGUCCAUACAGAAGAGGUCCCGGAGGCAGCAGGCAAUUGCGGUGUACCGGGAGCAUCUCCAGCGACGGAUGUUGGAGGAGAUGCAGCAGACGCACCUGAAACACCAGCGUGCCCGCAGACACUACAGACUGAGGACUCUAGCUCAGAUAUUCCUGGGUUGGCGCCAGUCGUCCCAGGUCUGUAAAGUGGAACGCCAGCGUGACCUGAGCCGAAGUCGGGAUCACUGGCACUCCACCAACCUCCGCCACUUCUUCCUCCACUGGCGCGAGACACUCUGGAAUCUCCGUGCCAAACGAAUGGCUGAGAGGAAUAUUGGACUCCAUAUGUUCUCCCUUUGGAAGGAGAAAUGGCUUACAAACUUGGCGCGGCGACGCUACAUCGAGAAACAGAUUGAGAUGAACAAGUUGCGACGGUCACUGCAGGUGUGGCGUGACAACGUGGUGCAACAGCGUCGUCGCCGUGCCGCUGCCGUGUACAGUCUGGAGAAUGCCCUCAUGAGACAGAUGCUUGGAGACUGGCACCGAUACACCGGACUGCGGGGGGACAUGAGGCAGAGGAUGAAGACGCACAUCUGCUACCAGAAUGCAGCCAAAAUGGCGGAGUGUUUCCAGGCAUGGCGGAGGGAGUUUGAGAAGCGAGUGGAUGAACAGACAGCCAAGAGAUUCUGGUCCAACCGUUGUGCCAGGAAGGCGAGCGUCACAUGGCAGCUGGUGUGUCGGAAGCGACGUCUGCGGAACACGCUGGAGGAGACGGAGCCCUUGAGGCAGCUGACCCUCAUGCAGGUGAUGUUCCUGCGCUGGGUGGAGGCGAAGAAGAAGGUGGACCGGGAGAAGCAGGAGGCAGCGGAGAUGCGUACCAUGUUGCAGAGGUGCCAACUACGUAGACGCUUCAACACAUGGAAAGCCACCACGCAGCUGGCCCUCACCAUCAAACCUAUGGUGCAGAGUCGACACCACAAGCUGGUCACACAGUGCUUCCAGGCUUGGCAGCAGUUGGCAGUUCACAAGCGGCAGUGUCGACACAGUCAAGAUGACUUCCUCAAAACCUGCUUGCAGAAGGCCCUCAACAGAUGGAGACGUCAGUACAAGGUACACAAGAUCGAGCGGCAGAUCAAACACAGGAUAAAGACUGGCGUGGCCCUGGUGUGUCUGGAGGAGUGGAACUUUGUCAUCCGACGCAAACAUGCAGCGCAGCAGUUCCACAAUGCUUACCUACAGCGAGACAUGUUUGCACACUGGAGAGAUCGCACUAGUAGAAAACUACAGCAAGAGGCUGAGGCUCGAGAAGAGAAGGAGCGACGCGAGAACCUGAAGAGCUACUACUUCCACCUGUGGUGGUCAAACGUCCAGGAGCAGACAGUGGACACGGAGGACGCCAUCAUGAUGCUGCAUCAACGGCAGGCCCACAACCGCAUCCGCCGCACUUUCCACUGGUGGAGGACGCACCAGCAACACACGCGCAGUAGCAGGGCCUACUUCCAGAUGCUGUGUGAGAGGACAUUGAGAACGGUGCUGCUGGAGUGGCAUCUUAGCACGGACAGCUCCCUCACCGAUGCUGUGCACCAGUUCCGCGAGGACAUCGGACUCCCACCUCUAGAUCCAGAUCUAUUCCAGGACAACGAGACAGUACUUGGGAACUUGUCCGAGGGGUCCGUCGCCAGCAGUAGCGGAUUCCAUAGCAACAAAGAGCUGUCGUUAUGGCCGGACUUUGAUAACAAUAUUGACAGGGGAUCAGAGAGCCCAAGGUCUACAUCAUCUGUUGGGCUUUCCUUCCGGAGGUUGAUGUCCAGAGCUGGCAGCCAGGACAGAGUCUGGGGAGAGGAUGACCGGUCCCUCUACGGGAGCAGCCAGGACAGGGCGUGGCAGUCGGGAGAGGACAACCGGUCUCUCUAUGGUGGCAGCCUCACGGUGUCCGAGGAGAGAUCUCUCAAGCGGGAGAUGCUCAAGGUCCUGGUGACAACGGCAGUAACUCGACUGCGAAUGUGGCCGGUCAGUUCGGUCUUUGACCAGUGGCUGGAGUUCACAGCCAGACAGAGGGAGCUUAAGUCGCUGUCGUCGCGGUUACAGCAUCUGCACGAUCACACCACGCUGGCCGUCUUCCUCCAUGACUGGAAGACCCAGCUUGCUGCCAUGGUCAAAGCUAAUACACAUUUUAACAAAAUCCUGAUGAGGAAGUCUGUGAGAGCCCUGGCGGAGUACAGGCAGCAACGCGCUGACAAGAAGACGUUGUCCAACCUUGCCGGACGCUACAACCAACUCAUUGUCUACAAGCAGUACUUCCCUCUGUGGCUAGCCAAGACUCAGGAUCGACAGCACCAGCACAACAUCCUCCACCUGUGGGCCAACACCACGCCUGAAGAGCAGCAGUUGCUUCCCUUGGAACGGAGUCUGACACAACAGUUCUCUCGACGGACGCUGCGACUCUGCUAUGCCAUCUGGUCACUCAAGUUCCAGUUCGCAUCCAAAAUAAAACAUGCCUACCAUACAGGACUGCUGAGAAGAGUGCUGGCUGGCUGGCAUGAGUGGAGCAAGCAGCGCCAGGAGAGGAGGGACAAGUGUGAGACGUUCAGACAGACUCGGGUCACAGCACUGGUAUUCAAAAUGUGGCAAACACGUCUCGAGCAGAAGAGAGAGAGUAACCGCCGUUACACCGAGUCCUGGCAGAGGUAUCUCCAGUUGGUCCUUGUCACAUGGAAACAGUGGGCAUCAGUGACCCACCAGCGCCGUGACACCGCCAUGAGCUUGAUGAAAUGGACCAACCAACGCCUACUCAGACAGAAGCUUGUGUAUUGGCGGAGUCUCACUGUGAGGGCAGAGGUCACCAGACACAGCAGGAACACACAUCUCACAGCACGGGUGUUCUGUGCGUGGCAGGAGUUCAUCGUACACAGGAAGAGGACUCGCCAACUCAUCCUCCACUUCCAAGUACACUGCUACACCAGCCUGGUGAAGCGACUGUUUGGGCGGUGGCGGCGCCAGUACAUGAGUCGACUGCGGGAGAAGGCGGAGCACCAGGAGCUGGUGCAGCUGAAGGCCCUUCACCUGGGGCGUGUGUGGAGGAAGAAGGCACGGGCUGGGCGGGGCCGGAGGCUGUACGCUCACCUCCAGGACAACAAGGUAAAGCAGUAUUUUUCUGCUUGGAAGAUUGCCUAUCAGAUGUGUCUAGAACGGGAGGAGGUGUUAGAGCGCUAUCUAGUGGCCAGAGCACAGCAGCGACAGCGUGAGGUGUUUGACACAUGGCGGACGCAGAGACUAGCUGACCAGGCCGGCCGGGUAUACAACAUGAAGCUGAAGGUGGCCGUGGUGCAGGAAUGGCGAACCUGGACUAGAGGUGCUCGAGAACGCCGGAUACGUGGUCUGGCACUACAGAAGGCAUUGCAGGAGCGUGUGCUGACGGUGUACUUCAAGUACUGGACAGAGCUGACCCGUGUCCGGCAGAUGGUGCAGAGUCACAGCCACCUCAAACUACAGCUCAGAAUUGUCCAGGCAUGGCACUUGUACACCCAGCGACAGCGCACCCUGGUCCACCUGCACAGCUUCCUCACCAACAAAGUGAACCAUCGUAUCGCCCAGUCGGCCUUCCUGACGCUGCGAUGUCGCCUGGAUUACUGCCAGGGCCUGACUGACAUGGCAGCCAGCCUCCAGGACGACCGGGACCAGAGACUGAUGCGCGACGCUCUCCGGACCUGGCAGACCAGACUGAACAACAAGAUGGCCGCCAGGUGUUACGGCAAGUUGCUUGUUGUCCGCACGGUGCGGAAGUGGCGGAGGUUCGUACAACAGCGGAAGGAGGAGCGGAGGAUGGAGAGGGAGAAGAUGGAGAAGGCUGCAAGGCACUACAACAAGAAGCUGUGCCGACUGGCUCUGAGAGGGCUGCAGAACGAGCUGCAUGUUAAGCACCAGCAACUUCGGCGACAGGAGAGAUUGGCUGCCAAGUAUGCCAGGCAGUGGAAGAGACAGACAGACCUCGCAUACACCGCCAGAUGUGUGGAGAGGGAGCGUUUAUACAGUCAGAUGUGGAGCGUUUGGCGUGUAGCCUUCAGUCGCAGGAGGGCCGCUAACCACAUCGGAACAUACGACAGGCGCCACCUCAUGUCUCGGGUUUUCUCGGCAUGGAGAGGACUCACGGUGAAGAAGCCAUCUACACAAAGGUCGUCAUCCAUUCCGGUGGCAACAUCUACUCUGCUCCACAUGGCGCCAGACAAUACUGGUCACGUGACACGGUCUUCUCUGAUCCCAAGUCUUCAGACCAGACAGAUCUACACAAACAGGAAGUGAGAGGCCACAGACCUCGAGGUCAUCCCAGGUCGAUUUCAGCCUCACCAGGUUGUAUUGUCUGUGGCCAGUGACAGGAGGGAUAUCUUCCAAAUCAAUGAUAUCAUCCUCAACUACUGUGUUAAAGACUUAGCAUCACCUUCAGGAUAAUACAGGAUAGGAGCAGGUGAUGGUGAUGUGAUAGAGGACCAGUAGUAACAUAGCGUAUUAGUGUGGUACUAAUAUCUUGUCAUACUGUUAUGACCAAAUAAGUCCAGCCCUGGAGAAGCUGGCAGUCAUUUGAGCUGGGUGGCUAUGUUCCAACACUUGUACAACAUCAUUCAAGUAAAUCAUUGCUUCAAAUAGUCUGUUUGCAUCUUCCCGAGGCAAGGGAGUUAACUGACUGGGAAAGUCCAGUUUCCACCCUUGCUGAACUAGGCCAGAAUUUCUGAGUAUGAUCGUGUCACCACCAGUGGCUGUUAUGAGCUAUAAUUAAAAUCUAUGUUGUAAUAAAACAGGUCUUACUUUGCGAGGUGCAUCAAAUCACAUGAGCACCUGUAUUGCAAACAUGAAAAGAUUUGGAAAAUAUCAUUGACACUAAGUGUACACAGUACAUAUGCUUUGCAAAUCCUGUAUUCGACUGAAAUCUGCAGGGAUGUCGAACCGGAUGUCGAUUUCGUUACACGAUUUUGAUUGGAUUAUGCUCUUGCAUAGAGUUGUUAGUUCUGCUAAAAUAGGACUCCAUAAUUACAGACUAGUUCGGCAAGGGUGGAAGAUGGUCUGUUCGUGGAGUGAUGGGAAAUUUAUAGCCGAGCUAAAUACAGCUCACUAUGGUGCCAAUGUAAACUGUCUAAGAUGUUGAAGCAUUUCUGUGAUAAGGGUGCUAUGAUAUGUCAGACUUAUUUAUUACGUUUUGUACUGUGUUUACAUCAAGUACCUGUAGUAGAAUGUGUUCUGUGUGUUAUCUAUUCUGUUCUUCUAUUUUAUUUCAUAUCAGCUUAUGAUUCUAGGGUAAGAUGGGAAUGUAAAGAUGGUGAUAUUUUUAGUAUAUUGUUAUCAAAAUGAAAUUAGUCACAAGGAAUUAUCAAACAAAUAUACCACUGUAAUGUACAUUGUAAUUUAUUAUUCCCGCCACGAAAUGGAAGGAGGAUAUAUGAAUGGGUGUUGUCCAUCCGUCCAUCAGUCCGUCAUGUUUCGUUUCCAGAGCAGAACUCAAAAAACAUGAGAGAUAUCUUAACCAAAUUUGGCACAUAGAUAGGUCUGGUGGUGAACUGGUUUCUUUUUCGAGGUUUCAUGGCAACAACUUUGACUUUAACCUGAAAAUAGCGGUUGUGCUUCUUUCCAGAUGAGAUCUUGAAAAAUGGACAAUAUCUCUUCACCAAAUUUGACACAUAGACUGGUCUAGUGAUAAACUUGUGCCUUUUAAUAGUUUGGGAUUUAAUUUUUUUAAGUUUUUUUUAAGUUUCCAUGGCAACCGGACAUGUCAUAUUAACAGGGAUAUUUUAACAUUGUAUUUGAAGAUUGUAUUCAAUACAAUUAUAUAAAACUAAACAUUAAAACCUGAUCCUGUUUAUUGGUUCUGUUAUCUGUGAAAUACACAAAGCCAUAUAUUUGUUUAUAAAAUUAGUUAUAUAUAUUAAAAUGAAUUGGGAUUUUUUAAAUUCUGAUUUGGUAGUAAUGUUUAAUGAUGUUAGCUGCAGAAAUGGGGCCUAAAUUUCUAGGUAAAUCCCUGGCGAGAACUAGAUAUUUAUAAAUCAAAACCACUAGUGCCAUCCAGAUCAUUAUGUGUGAUAUGUUUGUUUCUGUAGAUAUAAAGGAGUUUAUAGCAAGUCAUGACAGGUUUGUUAAUAGCUGUUGUAUAUUGUACAAUUGAACUGUGAUUUGGAAGCAAACAACAGGCAAGAAGGUGACAGGUGGCAUUGGUUCUAGGUAUCACAACAGUAUCUUCAGUGGAGUAGUUAUGAGAUCCAACAAAGGGAGGCACCUGUAUGCCUACUCAAGCAUGUAUGACAUGCAGAGUUGUUCAACCAUGUCCAUACAUCAGGGGGGCGGUCGGGUAGCCUAGUGGUUAGAGCGUUUGAUCAUCACGCCGAAGACCCGGGUUCGAUUCCCGACAUGGGUACAAUGUGUGAAGCCCAUUUCUGGUGUCCCUCGACGUGAUAUUGCUGGAAUAUUGCUAAAAACGGCGUAAAACCAUACUCACUCACUCACUCACUCACUCACUCACUCCAUACAUCAGGCAGGUCUCUGUGUGUUUGAGAAGAGGAUGGCACUGAUAUAACCAAUCAGUGUUGAAGUGUGAUGGGAAUGUACUGUACACAGUCAUCUUGUUUAUCCCGUCUUCACUUAGGAGAUAAACCUACUGUGUUUUGAAAUUUGAUGUAGUCCCACUGUAGAAUUGAUACCUCUUUAUUUUCAUUUUGAACCGACCGGGCUGGUAUUUGAGACCCAGCGUGUAUUAGAGGAAAUAUAGAUACGUUUUACAGUUCAUAUGGGGUGAUCGAUCGGCAGCCAUUUUCUAUGAAUCGAUAUGUAUGAAAAGACUUAAUAUAUUUGAAAGGGGUUUCCGUAGCAAAAAGGAAACCUCUUUUUAACCAAUCAGAAUCAAGCAUUCAUCAAUGUCAUGGUAGAAUACAAUAUAGCAGCCAAUAUAUGCCAUUUGUUCACCUCAGUCAUCCCUGAUGUCACAUGGGGUUCUGCCUUGUAGUGCGAGAUAAUUUAGGGUGUGCGCUCAAAUCUAAUUCCAUCAUAUGGUAGAAUUUUGAAAACCUGUUAUUUUAGAAAUAAAUGACGAGUUGGAGCUUUUAAUCAUACAAUAAACGCUUCAGGGAGAAUAAACUAUGAGCGGCACAGCCCCGAGUGGUUUAUUCCCACUGCAGUGUUUUAUUGUAUGAUAAACAAUGACCACGAGUCGAUUAUUUCUUGUACAAGAUAUCAACAUUAUGUACAGCCUCUUUAAGGAUGUUGAUAAAAUGUACAAGCUUUAAAAAUAGUUACUUACUUUUAAUAAUGAUGACUCCCUGAAUAGAAUUCUCACAAUCAUCACGUCGAUUAUCUGUAUAUGUUCUGCUAAUAUCGAUUAUCAUCUCUCCCACUUUUGGAAGCAAUUGUUCGGCUAUUGCGUUUAUCUGCGUACCCCAGCUAAAUCUGUGGGGAACAACUCACUACACACUUCCCUAUCUUAAAUAACGUCGUCCAAUAUAUGACGUCAUCAAGUUGCGAGCGCAUAUUUGAGUCUCCAGAAAUGACGUCAUGAUAGAAUAUGUUUUAUCAUGAAAAAAACUGUUUCGUUCUUCAAUGCUCUGUGUGAUUUAUCGCGUAGCUAUCUUGUAUUUGGGAAUAACUGUGAUAUCAUAACGCUGGUCACCUAAGUAUCAGAUUGUAAAACUGUUCAGUACACUUACAACAGUGAUAGUGUAGGUGUGUUCUCUGCUCUGUGUGGGGACGGUCGGGUAGCCUAGUGGUUAAAGCGUUCGCUCGUCACGCCGAAGACCCAGGUUCGAUUCCCCACAUGGGUACAAUGUGUGAAGCCCAUUUCUGGUGUCCCCUGCCGUGAUAUUGCUGGAAUAUUGCUUAAAGCGGCGUAAAACCAUACUCACUCACUCACUCACCCUGCUCCGUGUGAUUGAGAUAUAGCAACACCUGCAGCCACUUUCUGAACCCAACUUGCUCAAAGUGCACUGCAAUGUUAAAGUUCACUGUUAGACAAUGGGAGUUACAGAACUAAGAUCACUUUGUGCAUGUGGACCCUGGUCAUCGCUGUAAAGAUUUUCACAUUAACAGGUAAAGCAACUAAAUGUUCAUAAGACACGAACUUCAUCAACAUGUGCAGUAUAUUCAUGGUGGCUAUCUGCUUCUGAGUAAUUCCUAUGUUUUAUCUCACUAUUGCAGCCAUUUAUGUUCCAUGUCUGAAAUAUGGCAUCUCUGUGUUCAACAGUGUUUGUUGUGUACAUGUUAUGUGUAUUUUCAACAAGAUCCUCGGCCCCGUUCCACAAGCAAUCUUAGCGCUAAGAUGAUCGAAACUCCCAUACUUUAACACAGGCUUACGACAGUCACUAAGAUCGCUUUGAGGAACGAUGCCCAGGUCCUCAAACAACAUGAAAUAAGUGUUACCAAUUUUAAUCAUGAUCAUUUUCUGUCCUUUUUGACAUUCAUGAGUUAGAUAAGUAAGAUUUGUAUUAACUAAUAUUUAGUUUUAUUUACUGAUAGUUUCUAUGGAAGAUACUCUCUCGACAUGUGCAGCAAUACUGUGUUCUGCUUCACUGCAUACUCUAAGUCAUUGUUGUUCUUUCCCUCUGUGAUAGCGUCCUUUGUGCCAAACAUUAGCUGUCUCUCACUUGUUUUUUACUGACAUGCGUGUUUAAUAAAUAAGAUACUCAUA